AUGAGGAAACUGUGUCCUAAUUUUGACAAGGCAGAUGGGUUAGAGACCGUUCUUGAAGUGCCUAUUCCCGAGGAGAUGUUGAACAACAUGGGCACCAAUGGGUUCAAUCGCUGGCAGAACAUGCGAACUCUCAUGAAUGCUCAAGUUGCUGAUAAUUCUUCUGCACCCUCAAAUAAUGAAUUCGUGGCAUUGCUUAAACUUGUGGGUGCUCCUCUUAUUCCUCUUCAGGUUCAAUCCGACAAUACUUUGACUCGACCCCUCAAAGAUUGUUCCAUUAGAGAUUCCACUGCCAAAUACAUAGUUCAGCAGUAUGUGGCUGCCACUGGAGGACUAGCUGCAUUGAAUUCACUGAAAAGUAUGUAUGCAAUGGGACAAGUGACAAUAUAUGAGUCAGAGAUGCGUCAAGGUGAUGUUAGCGUUCAAUCAAGAGGAAGGGGCGAAGUAGGAGGCUUUGUGCUAUGGCAAAAGAACCCAGAUUUAUGGUGCUUGGAAUUGGUUGUGUCCGGUUUCAAGGUUAGUGCUGGCAGUGACGCUAAGGUAUCAUGGAACCAAUCUUCUUCUCAACCUUUUCAUGCAAACAAAGGCCCUCCUAGACCCCUUCGCCGUUUCUUCCAGGGGCUGGACCCAAGGUGUACAGCUAACUUGUUCCUAGACGCGGAAUGUGUAGGAGAGAACACCAUUGACAAUGAAGUUUGUUUCAUACUAAAGUUACAAACGGACCAACACAUACUCCAAGCACAAAGCACGUCUAAUACUGAAAUUAUAAUGCACUCAAUAUUGGGGUACUUUAGCCAGCGCACAGGGCUACUUGUCAAAAUUGAGGACACCAAGUUGGUAAAAAUGAAGCCUGUUAAAGGAAAAGACUCUGUGUUUUGGGAAACAAGCAUCGAGUCUAUGAUUGAAGAUUAUAGAUAUAUCGAUGGCAUUAACAUAGCGCACAGUGGGAAGACUGUUGCCACACUUUAUAGGUAUGGUGCAGCGCAUAAUCACAAAAGGAUGAUUGAGGAAAAAUGGAGGAUUGAAGAGGUUGAUUUUAACAUUUUUGGGUUGUCCAUGGAUUGCUUUUUGCCUCCCUCUGAUCUUGAGAGAGAACACGAUGGUGCAGAGCAAGCAGUGGGAAUGAGUUAG